AUGUCUCUGAAGAUGCAUCUGCUAGACAGCGAUGGAGAGAAAAGCGAUCAAGACUUGGUGGUAGAUGUUGCGAAUGAGGAGGCAUCAUCGCCACAUGCGAAUGGUGAGCACUCGGAUCCACGUGAGAACGGUACUCUAGAGAAGUUGGGCGCUCCAGGACACGUGGGGCCUAUUUCCGGUGCUGGUUCGACAUCCGUAAAAGACAGACCACCCUCGCGGAGCGGAAGUUCCUCCGCUCGUAGCACACCGUCUCUGAAAAGUAAAGAUAUCGACAAGCCGGGUACACCUGUGGCGGCGGCGAGGGGGUCGCGCAGCUGUACGCCAACUAUGGGCGGAAUCCCUGGUCCCUUGGCAUCGCGGGUCUAUCAUCCGCCAUCGUCGCAGCAAACGCCACCGCAGGGCUAUCAGGGUUUGCCGUCCCGCGGCAAUGAGCCGCACAGCAACUUACCAUACGCCAGGACUUCGAUGCUCGGCUUCGACGGUCAUGUGAGGACUAUCCUACCAUCAGCUAAUGGAAUAAGCAAUAUUCCGGGUGGUAAACCGUAUAGCGUACUCGUUCCAUAUGAACGGCGAGGGUCAGCUGCAGCCAGUGCCAUUCCCCACGGACGCUCUUAUAGGACCGGGAAUCGUCACGCGCGUCAGAUUAAUUCCUUGACUCACGGUGAAGUUGUGUGUGCUGUUACGAUUUCGAAUCCGACCAAAUACGUCUAUACGGGUGGCAAAGGGUGCGUUAAAGUCUGGGACAUCGGACACGGAGGUGGUGGCAGUAUCAAGCACGUAUCGCAACUGGACUGCCUGCAACGCGACAAUUAUAUUAGGUCAGUAAAGUUACUGCCAGAUUGCAGAACUUUAAUAGUUGGAGGAGAGGCUAGUCAGCUGAUCAUCUGGGACUUGGCUAGUCCUACGCCGCGAAUCAAAACGGAACUGACGUCUGCAGCACCAGCCUGUUACGCAUUGGCGAUUUCGCCGGAUUCGAAGGUCUGCUUUAGUUGCUGUAGCGAUGGUAAUAUCGCUGUGUGGGAUCUCCAGAAUGAGACGUUGAUUAGACAAUUCCAAGGUCACACGGACGGUGCCUCCUGCAUCGAUAUUUCAGCAGAUGGUUCAAAAUUAUGGACAGGAGGAUUGGAUAAUACAGUGCGUUCGUGGGAUCUAAGAGAGGGUAGACAAUUGAAGCAACAUGACUUUACCUCGCAAAUAUUUUCACUGGGCUAUUGCCCAACUGGAGAGUGGCUUGCAGUUGGUAUGGAAAACUCAAAUGUCGAGGUCCUUCAUGCUACAAAAUCCGAUAAGUAUCAACUGCAUCUACACGAAUCGUGCGUGUUGUCAUUGCGUUUCGCAUCUUGCGGCAAAUGGUUCGUCUCUACGGGCAAGGAUAAUCUAUUAAAUGCAUGGCGCACACCAUAUGGCGCUUCGAUAUUUCAGUCGAAGGAGUCCUCGUCGGUGUUGAGCUGCGAUAUUUCUGCUGAUGACAAGUACAUUGUAACCGGAUCUGGUGACAAAAAGGCCACUGUAUACGAAGUGAUUUAUUAGAUGCGUACGGUAAAGACGUUUUACGUUUCCCUCCCUUGGUCGAAACUUGAACUGUUUAAUGCUCUCCCUUCUCGCGGGAGAUCUUACAAGUGAGACUUUUUAGCAGCCUUAGGAACUUAGACUGUUACUAUAUUGUGUAUAUAUACAUAACAAGUAUAUUAAUGGUAGAAAUUGCGUUCGAAAGAAAUAAAGCACAGACGGACAAACGAAAAAAAAAAAAAAAAGAACUGAUGCUAAUUAUGAUUGGUUAAGAAACCAAUGUGUGUGCCAGAGAAAAAUCUGUAUAUGUAUAUUUAGAAGUUGCGUGUGCGUGGCCCAAUUGUACCUACGACCAUGUGAUUUAACGUAGAAGAAACUUUCUUUGUCGCGUGUAUACAACGAGAAUGUGUUAAUGGUACGUUACCAAACAAUUUUGCAUGCGCAUUAAGUGAUCAGAGCCUUGCAAAUGGUGAUGCUAGAUACGAUUUCGUAUAUGUAAGUACCUAAUUAUAAAAUCAACACGCCCAAAACAUUAUACGACAGAUAGCAUGAAAACAAACAUUGGAAAUCUGUCUAACGAAAAAUUAUACUUGCUCUCACUUACGGUAAUUUUCUUCGAAACUUUUACAAUUUUUGCAAAAUUGUCCCUUAGUAUAACUACAACCACGAUAUCGAAGUAUAUUAUUGCUCUAUAUUUGGAAAUGUUUCGAGGAAAUCGUUGGCUGUAGCUGUCUUUAAUAAUGCGUUUCACUAUAGAUCAGAAGCAACUAUAGUCUUCUGUCGAUUAAUGUUGUCGAUAUAAUAUUUUAUGCUGAUAGCGAUAUGUUGACAUCAAUAACAACAAAUGCAAUGAAAGAUGAAUGCACAUCGAAUUAUUUAUUUCGUAUAAAUUAUUCAUUUCGUUCAUUUAGAAUUAGUUGC